CCACCACCAUUCCAACACCAAAAAGGAGGAGAAAGUAGUGAAGUAUGAGUCUAAUCACAGAAGAGGUGAAAGGCAAGGCCGACGAGGUGUACUAUGGCGACAAGGUGUCACAGGAGAAGACAAGGCUUCUACUGAAAGAGGUGGGGCUUCCCAAUGGGCUUUUGCCAUUGAAGGACAUAAUAGAGUGUGGGUACGUCAAGGAGAGUGGGUUCGUUUGGAUGAAGCAAAAGAAGGCCAUAACCCACAAGUUCCACAAGAUUGGGAAGCAAGUCACCUAUGCCAAAGAGGUCACUGCCAAUGUGGAGAAGAAUAGGGUCAAGAAUUUGACUGGUGUUAAGGCCAAGGAGGUUUUGAUUUGGCUCACUUUGUCCGAGAUCUAUGUUGACGACCCGCCCACCGGGAAUAUUACCUUCCAGAUCCCGGCUGGGCUGUCCCGGGCUUACCCGGUCGACGCGUUCGAAAUUGAGGAGGAGGCAGAGACGGAGACGAAGAAGAAGGACGUGAAAGAGGAGGAGGAGGUGAAGAAGGAGGUAAGUAAUGGAGGGAGUGUGGUGGUGAAUGUGAAGGAGGUUUGAGAUUGUUUGUUGUAGGGUUCAUCAUGUGCUAGGAUUGAGAUUAACUUUUGUUGAGCCCUUGUGAUAAUAAUUAAUAUCAUAUUAUAAGUUUUUAUUUUUCUCGAUCCU